AGUACAGUCGGUGUAGUGUUGACGUGUCUCUAAAGCGAUUCUCCUCCCUUCAUCUCUCUCUCUUUCUCUCCCAGGCGGUGGAGCUGGACUAUACGUUUACAGCUCCUGGACUUAAAAUAGUGACCGUGAUUUCGGUGGACCGUCCGUCACCAUGGGGAUCAAGUUUUUGGAGGUUAUUAAACCAUUUUGUGCCGUUUUACCGGAAAUUCAGAAACCAGAAAGAAAGAUCCAGUUUAGGGAAAAGGUACUAUGGACGGCCAUCACGUUGUUCAUCUUCCUUGUUUGCUGUCAGAUCCCUCUGUUUGGGAUCAUGUCUUCAGACUCGGCAGAUCCUUUCUAUUGGAUGAGAGUGAUCAUGGCCUCCAACAGAGGUACUCUGAUGGAGUUGGGUAUCUCUCCCAUUGUGACCUCCGGUCUGAUCAUGCAGCUGCUUGCCGGAGCUAAAAUCAUUGAGGUUGGAGACACACCUAAAGACAGAGCGCUCUUCAAUGGAGCUCAGAAACUGUUUGGUAUGAUCAUCACCAUUGGUCAGGCUAUUGUGUAUGUCAUGACUGGAAUGUAUGGAGACCCUUCAGAGAUGGGUGCUGGCAUCUCUCUGCUAAUCAUCAUUCAGUUGUUUGUGGCGGGUCUGAUUGUUUUGCUGCUGGAUGAGUUGCUUCAGAAGGGUUAUGGAUUGGGCUCUGGUAUCUCUCUCUUCAUUGCCACCAACAUCUGUGAGACAAUCGUAUGGAAAGCUUUUAGCCCAACCACAGUCAACACAGGAAGAGGUACUGAAUUUGAGGGAGCCGUUAUUGCUCUUUUCCACCUUCUGGCCACUCGUACCGAUAAAGUGCGAGCCCUGAGAGAGGCCUUCUACAGACAAAAUCUGCCCAACCUCAUGAACCUCAUUGCUACGGUCUUCGUCUUCGCUGUGGUUAUAUAUUUUCAGGGCUUCAGAGUUGACCUGCCCAUCAAGUCUGCACGCUAUCGUGGACAAUACAAUACAUAUCCUAUCAAGCUGUUCUACACCUCCAACAUUCCCAUCAUCCUGCAGUCCGCACUGGUUUCCAACCUUUACGUCAUCUCCCAAAUGCUCUCCACCCGAUUCAGCGGGAACUUCCUGGUCAACCUCCUUGGGACUUGGUCUGAUGCCACAUCUGGUGGUCCAGCGCGUGCCUACCCUGUAGGUGGUCUGUGUUACUAUCUGUCUCCUCCAGAAUCAUUUGGUACGAUGCUUGAUGAUCCAGUCCAUGCAGUUAUCUACAUAGUGUUCAUGCUGGGAUCCUGUGCCUUCUUUUCCAAGACUUGGAUCGAAGUUUCUGGAUCUUCUGCCAAAGAUGUUGCAAAGCAGCUGAAAGAACAGCAGAUGGUGAUGAGGGGUCACAGAGAGACCUCUAUGGUUCAUGAGCUUAACAGGUAUAUCCCUACAGCGGCUGCAUUCGGUGGGCUGUGUAUUGGAGGCCUUUCGGUCAUGGCUGACUUCCUGGGUGCCAUUGGCUCUGGAACAGGAAUCUUAUUGGCUGUCACCAUCAUCUACCAGUACUUUGAAAUAUUUGUAAAGGAACAGAGUGAAGUCGGCAGCAUGGGAGCGCUACUCUUCUAAACACAGACAUUCGCAAUUCUCACACAAACUUGCUGACACGCCUUAUAAACACUUUUAUUAUUUUUAUGAUUGUUGUUGUUGUCUUUUAUUUAGGUGCAAUUUAGGCAUUCAAAAUGGUCUGUCACCAGUGCUGUCUUGGGAGAACAGGGUUCUUAGUAGCUGGUUUAGGUUGGGUAUGUUCUCCCAAUCGACAGAAGUGACAAACGUUUCUAAAAGUCAGUGAUGGGACGUUAAAGGUAGACUCUGUGAGCUCUGACUAGGAAUAUUUAAGAAUUCCUUCUCCGUGGUUUGUCCUUUUUCCAAGUGUCGCUGAAUCCCCUCAUUUACGCUUUUUCAUGCCUGUUUCUAGUUAAGCCUGGUAAAAGGGUUUUCUGGAAAGUAUUGCUAAUGUUGGGUGAUUGAUUACUCGACACUGCCAAUUAUGUCUCGACCCACAAAACUCUCUCUACUGUAAAGUCUCUGUUUGUUAGACUUGUGUGUGAAUCUGACGCUUGUUUUUUUUUGUCCAUAAUGGCUGACAAAAUUCAAAGUUGUUGUUGUUGUUGUUUUUAAGUCAUUUUUGAAUAUCUGAGAAGCAAUCAAAUGUGUUUGGUUUCAUGUCAGCAGAAUGGUGUGUCGAGCCUAUAGAAGGCAGGAUCACAGCAGAAGAAAUGCAAUGCUCGGUGUGCCGUCAGACCCUUGGCGUGUUUUAUUUUGAUGUGAAUACGUUUAACCCUAGAAUCCUUUUGUACAGAAUACAUCUUACCACAUAGCCAGAAAGGAUUUCUGUUUUUGAAAGGGCUUGGUCUUUAGUGAGAGCAUACAGAAAUAAUUGGUUACACCUACAGCCCAAUUACUCAAAAUAAGGCUCUUUUACUGUGUCAUUGGGUGUCUGUAUAUAUGACAUUUAUUGCAGUGCACAACCAUGUAAAAUAAAAGUCUUUUCUUUUUUUGGACUAUGUAAAAAGAAAUGUUCCGAACAAAUAUAUUCAGCGACGACUGAUGAUUCUCAAUAAAAGCUCAUUUUUGGGAUAA